AUGCUCCCGCAGAAGCUUCCUGAGCUUUUCCAGGAUUCCACGGCGACAUGCCCACAGUCUACAGACGGUCCUGAAAUUACAUUUACGACGAUGCGAACCAUCGGAUCGGGCUCCUUCGGGGUUGUCUUCAUUGCAAAGACAAGCACGGGCGAGCUCAUUGCAAUCAAGAAGGUCUUCCAGGAUCGGAAGUAUCGCAACCGCGAGCUCUCCAUCAUGCAGGAGCUAGGUCAGCAUCCGUGCAUUAUACGUCUUAUCAACUCCUACAUCUCCGUGGCAACAAACCAAACGAAUGGGGAUUUCUUGAAUAUUCUAAUGGACUACUACCAGGAAAAUGGGUAUCAAAUCUAUAAGAGUUACAUCAGGGCUGGGAUAAAGAUGCCCAUGUUUCACAUAAAGUUAUAUACGUUCCAGUUUCUGCGCGGCUUGGCAUACAUGCAUUCCUUUAAUAUCGCAAACCGCGACCUUAAGCCCCAGAAUACCCUCGUGAACCGCGAGUCUGGUCGUGCGGUUCUCUGCGAUCUGGGGUCUGCGAAGAAGUUGAAUCCUGCAGAGCCCAACAUAGCGUACAUCUGCAGUCGCUACUAUCGCGCCCCCGAGCUCAUCUUCGGUUCGCGCUACUACACCACAGUCAUCGAUAUUUGGUCUUUUGGUUGCGUUGUCGCUGAGAUGAUAAUCGGUAAGCCGAUCUACGCUGGGUCUUCGCCACUGGAUCAGAUUAUCGAGAUUAUCAAAAUACUCGGACCACCAAGCCUCAAGGAGCUUAAGGAGAUGAACCCAACUUUAAAGGAAUACGCCUUCCCAACGAUAAGGACCACACCAAUGUCAGAUGUUCUUGGAACAAAGGACCCCGUAGUCUUAGACUUCUUUGCCCGCUGCUUUAAGUACUCUCCCAACGAGCGCAUAACGGCCUAUGAGGCCCUUGCCCACCCAUUCUAUGACGACCUGCGUGCUCGCGACGCUCCAAUAUCCAAAGACCUGAAGUUGUUUGAGUUUAGUGAAUACGAGCGCAAGGCCAUGUCCCCCGAGCUUCUCUCUAAGAUCCGUCCCCAGUAG